CUGGUGCUGACUAAUCGUACGAUUCUCCUCGGACGGAUCCGGUUGGUUGCUUGGAAGUCAACCUCAACUUCAACUUCUUGUCCAAAUAAUAUCACACCACCCUCGCUCUCCAAACCGCAACUACUACUAUUUCGAAAAGCCAUUGGCAGUCGGCACAAUGUUUGCUCAGCGGACCGCCUUCGCCCUCGCUAGGCGCACCCCCGUUAAGGCUCUUGCCCGACGCUCUUUUUCCACAUCAGUUGUCCGACGUGAUGCUGGGAAGCCGGCCACAUCCAAAUGGGACCCCAAGCCCGGCGAGCCUGUUGGCAAAUUAGUUUCUUUCGAAGAUAUCGCGGAACAAACUGACCUUCUACCCCCCGGUGCGAAGCCCGGAACCAUGCCUACGGACUACGAACAAGCAACUGGUUUGGAGAGAAUUGAACUUCUAGGGAAGAUGCACGGAAUUGAUGUUUUUGAUAUGCGACCUCUUGAUGCGUCGAGAAUGGGAACCUUCGAAAACCCGAUUAUAGUUAAAUCUGGAGGCGAUGAGCAAUAUGCCGGAUGCACUGGAUACCCCGCCGACUCCCAUGAUGUUGUGUGGCUCACGGUAUCCCGCGAGCGACCAAUUGAGCGAUGCUCAGAGUGUGGCAACGUCGUUAAGAUGGACUAUGUUGGACCUGAGGACGAUCCCCAUGCUCACGAUGAACACCACCAGGUCCAUGAGGAUCCCAAGACCAUGGCCGACUUCGUCAAGCCCGAAUACUGGUAUAGAUAAAUAGAUACCGGAACCGAUUUACUUUGAGAGAAUGAGAAAAGGUUCUUGACCUUGUCUACCUGCUCUGAAACUUGAAUCCACAGCGGACCUAAUGUAAAACGUGUCAAAAACAGCAACUUGCCAUAGUCGGUUUUGUUUCUUUCAUGUCCACGCACAUGCGUGCAAACAACCUAUCUCUCCCAGUGUCUUUCUCAUGUGCAAUCUUAGUUUAUUGCCCUCCCGUGGGUCAUAUACCGACUCUACUCCAUCUCCUAGCUGACAUUUACCUUCUUAUUUUCAUAUGUAGAUUAUUGCAGCUUUUGUAUUACACCAUGAAUGAAGGCGGGAAUUCUUUUUUUGAAUAUUUGAGGUUUUCGAUUGUUGAGUGCCUGGUGUCACAUGUUGGCUAGUACCGCCAAAUAUCCAGGUGUAGUGCAAAGGAGCUAUGAACCGAUUUGAGAAAAGAUUUUAGCUACGCGCUUAUCUAAGUUCAAUGUCGAUUCUGUCCGGUACAACUUCCUGGACUUGGUUGAUCUGCAAUCGCCAAGGCCGGUCGUGAGAGCCCAGAAUACUAGACGAUGCAUAUGUGUUGUGACAUACAUGCCAUCAAUAGCCAUCAUCGGAGAUUAUCUUAAUCGCUUCAGUUGACACCUUGCUCAGUAUAUCGUAUUCGAUCUAAUCGCCCGUACUUAAAAUAUGUAGAACACCAGUACAGUACAUGCACCUAUUUCAACCACCACAUAAUCAUCAACUGUGACUAGUUCGUUAAGAUAUCGCUUCCCAGCCUCUGACCCUGUGUCUAAUAGAAUAUGCCCAUCACAAUCAACAACCCCGCCUCUCCCUGCAUUAAGUUGAGUCCACCUUGAGUCCCCUUGAGUCCCCCCGGAGUGGCAUUAGCUCAGCCCUAUUCGCCAGUUCGCGUUCCACAACAAAGCCUCCCCCUCUACCUAGAUGUUGUACCAUGCCGGGAUGCAUGUUCAAACUUUUCUUGUUCAUCCACACGGUCUCUCUGCAUUUGACUCCUUUCCCACCUGCUUGCCCCCUUCUUUUCUUGAGAGACGCCGAUAACGGUUAACCGUUGAAA